AUGGGGAAGGUCCUUGGGAAUGGACUCUUUAUUGUGCUGUUUCUGGUGAUUGUGUCGGUGACGUUUAGCAUUAUAGAGGCUCAACCAAAGUCAUUUCACUUGAAUUGUGGUUCAAAUUCUUCUGUGAAUGUGGAGGGCAGGAUAUGGGUUGGGGACAUGGCUACUGAUACCAAUGUCACUCUCAGCUCCUCUGGUGUUGCUGCUUCCACUUCUACAUUAAGUGGCAGUUCAGCCUAUGAUCCACUCUACAAGACAGCUAGAAUUUUCACGGUUCCUUUAAAUUACACAAUCAAAGAUGUUCAAGGAAACUAUUUUGUUAGGUUCCAUUUCUGCCCCUUUGUUACUGAGAACUACAAUAUGAAUGAGUCCUCAUUUGGUGUUGUGGUCAAUGGUCUGAAACUAUUGUCUGAGUUUGAAGUUCCAGGUAAGAUAUCCCACAAGAAUAUGAAUUUGCAGAGUUCUGGAAGGAAUUCUAGUUCAUUCUUCUUGAUCAAAGAAUAUAUUCUGGCUGUCAAUGAUAUGCUUGUGAUUGAGUUUGUUCCCACCAGAAGCUCCUUUGGCUUCAUCAAUGCCAUUGAGAUUGUACAAGUUGUAGGUGAGCUUUUUUCUGGCUCCGUUAGUAGAGUUGGUGGAAGUGGUGGAAGCUUAAAUUUGAUGGGGCGUGGGAUGGAGACUAUGUAUAGGUUAAACGUUGGCGGCCCUGAGAUUCAAUCUGAUGAGGAUCGUGAUCUUUGGAGAACUUGGGAAGUAGACUCAAGCUAUAUGAUCACCGAAAAUGCAGGGUCUAGAAUUAAGAGUAGUUCUAAUAUCACAUAUGCUUCCAUGAAUGAUACUUCAGUGGCUCCCCUCCUUGUGUAUGAAACUGCAAGGGCAAUGUCUAACACUGAAGUCUUGGAUAAAAGAUUCAACAUGUCAUGGAAAUUUGAAGUAGAUCCCGAUUUUGAUUAUUUGAUCCGGUUACAUUUCUGUGAGCUGGUUUAUGAAAAGGCUAAUGAGAGAAUAUUCAGGAUCUACAUUAACAACAGAACCGCUGCAGAUAAUGUUGAUAUUUUUGUACGAGCAGGAGGGAUGAACAAAGCUUAUCACCAAGAUUAUUUUGAUCCUGUGUCGUCAAGGAUUGACACGGUUUGGGUUCAGCUAGGACCUGACACAGCUGCUGGUGCUGCAGGAACUGAUGCUCUCUUGAAUGGUUUGGAGAUUUUCAAGCUUAGUCGAAAUGGUAAUCUUGCCUAUGUGGAGAGAUAUGAUUUUGGUGGCAAUGCAACAAGCAAAUCAAAAGCAAGAGUAGUUUUGGUGGGAGUUGGAGCAGGACUAGCUUCUAUAGCUAUAAUUGCAUUUAUAGUUGUUCUUGUUUUCUGUUUUUGCAAAAGCAGGAGGGAAGAAUCAAGUGACACCAAAAACAACCCUCAGGGAUGGCGACCGUUGUUCCUGUAUGGAGGAGCUGCUGUAAACAGCACUGUUGGUGCCAAGGGAUCAGCAGGAACUCAAAAGCCAUAUGGAUCUGUGGUCUCAACCCGACCUGGCAAGCGGUUCACAUUGGCAGAAAUCACUGCUGCAACAAAUAAUUUUGACGAAAGUUUGGUAAUUGGAGUUGGAGGAUUUGGUAAGGUGUAUAAGGGGGAGAUUGAAGAUGGUGUACUUGUUGCAAUCAAGCGUGCCAACCCGCAGUCUGAGCAAGGUCUAGCUGAAUUUGAGACAGAAAUUGAGAUACUCUCUAAACUCAGACACAGGCAUCUAGUGUCCUUGAUUGGUUUCUGUGAAGAGCAAAAUGAAAUGAUUUUGGUUUAUGAAUAUAUGGCAAAUGGAACUCUAAGAAGCCAUCUAUUUGGGAGUGAUCUUCCUCCAUUAACUUGGAAGCAGCGUCUAGAAGUAUGCAUUGGAGCUGCAAGGGGACUUCACUACCUUCAUACAGGGGCUGAUCGCGGAAUCAUUCACAGGGAUGUCAAGACAACUAAUAUACUCUUAGAUGAGAACUUUGUAGCCAAAAUGUCUGAUUUUGGUUUGUCAAAAGAUGGUCCAGCUUUUGAACAUACUCAUGUUAGCACAGCUGUGAAAGGAAGUUUUGGCUAUCUAGACCCAGAGUACUUUAGAAGACAACAAUUGACUGAGAAAUCAGAUGUUUACUCCUUUGGAGUUGUGUUGUUUGAGGUUGUUUGUGCUAGAGCUGUAAUAAACCCAACCUUGCCUAAGGAUCAAAUCAACCUUGCAGAAUGGGCAAUGAGAUGGCAAAGACAAAGAUCACUUGACACGAUCAUUGAUCCUCAGCUUAGAGGAAAUCUUUGUCCAGAAUCAUUGUCUAAGUUUGGUGAGAUAGCUGAAAAGUGUCUUGCUGAUGAUGGCAAGAGCCGCCCCACCAUGGGAGAGGUGUUAUGGCACUUGGAAUAUGUGUUGCAACUACAUGAAGCUUGGCUUAACAUGAACACCAAAGAAACUUCCUUCUCAAGUAAUCAAGCUUUGAGAGGUCUAAAAGAUGAAGGACUAGAAGUGGUUCAAGAGCCUUCCAAGUCAACAUGAAGAUGUUGGUUUAGAUCUCAAAGAGACACAUGAAUCUGAUUGAGUCUACAAGAGGAGGUUGAGAAAUGAAUGCUGCAGUAAUGCAACUUGAGUUCAGUGAUUUCUGAAUGGUUGUCAUCCAUUGAAGAACCAUGAAUGAUCCUUAUUAUAGCUAAUAUCCUUUACAUAUUCUUUCUAUUUGUUUUAUUGAAUUCAACUAUUCAAGUUUAUUAUUCCUUUUUUUUUUCUUUUGCAUCUGAUUUUUGUAUACAAGUGGAAUGGUUAAGUUAUCAACAUUAAAAAAAAAAAUAUCAAAA